AUGUUAAAUUAAACAUUAAAUGAUGCUUAAAUAGUGGCUGGCAUAGACAAUUUGAAAACCAAAGUAUUUGUAAACCUCUAUUGUUUUAGAAUCAGUGUGCAUAUAAUUACGAGCUCUUUGCAAAUGGGGAAAAACCAUUAUUACUGAUGUGCACCCAAUAUCUGGCUGUGGAUGACAAAUUGAAGUGGAGUGUCUUUUUAAGUUAUGUACGCACUUUAAGUACGAGAGAUUAUAUCUAUUAGAAUUGAAGGUGGAUCGACAAUUCUAUGUGAAUUUAGGAAAAAUAUAUGAGUAAAUAUUCGGCCAUUGUUAUGAAGAUGAUCUCAUUUAUUUAGAGUCUGAGUUUGGCAAACCUACUGAGGGUUAUCAAGAUAAUCAGUUAUAGGAGCUCUUCUUUAUGUUUUCAAAAUGUUCACCUUUUAAUAAUGAUGCUAGAACAGGAAGAUUUCUUAAAAUUGGUGCUUAAUUGUAGCCUGAAAACCUAGAUGAUAGGUCCACCGUUGUUGCUGUUCAAUUAUUCAGAAAGUUUUUUAUCUAAUAUGCUGAUUAUAACUUUAAAGUAAAGAACAAUUUAAAUUUCAGCAACCAAAUCCAUUUCAUAUAAUUAAAAACAGCAACUCUAUGCAUUAUGACACUACAGUUGUCAGAGAAAAGAUUGUCAACUUGAUGAUGAAGAAUCAAGACUUUUUAAAUUACAUAGAAUAACAUACCUCGUUAUUUUAAAGUUAAGGACAUUUUGAUUAACCAAAGAAGACUGAACAUCAAAAGGACAGUUUGAUGAAGUUUUUCUAUGAAAACACUGAUCUACAUCAUUUUAUAAUAAUGGUAUAUGAUUUAUUGAACAAAGUAACAGAAGGAGAAUUAAACUCAACUCUUCUUCUAAAACAUAUUUCCUUGUAAAUACUAGAUCCAUUUAUACAUCCACUUGCAUUGUCAAUUUGUGAUUUUUAUGAAUCAAUAUUAGAAGAAGAAUAUGAAGGAACUGAGGAAGUCAAGUAAAUGAAAGAGAAAUACCUACCAAAAAUUACAUUUUUUAAUAUGGAUGGAAUAGAUUUUGAAUUCAAUUACAAAUUAUUAGAUAAUUACUCAGAUUCCUGCUAAUACAUAUCAGUUGUAGAUGAAAUGUUGGAAAGUGAUGAUAACUCUUAAAUGUUUGAUUUAGUGACCAAAGACAAGAAUUGUUUCAUGCAGGCUAAAAACUCAUAUAUUAUCCCUAUUAGAUAGAGUCAUAAACAAAAAAGAUUAAAUGAUAUGCAUUUUAGACAUAUCUUAGAUUUACUAGUGUAUCCUCUAAUAAAAUAAUUCCAACCUUAGGUUAUUAUAUUUAGUUAUUCAUUUGCAUAUUUCAAUUAAGAAUCCGAUAUCCAAUUGUCUUCAAAACUGUUUACAGAAAUCACAACUCAUCUCUCACUAAUUAGCAAUUAUAAGGUUAUUUUCUUACCUAGAAUUUUAUCAUCAGGUGUUUAAAUUCAGGACCAUAGAUUUGAAAUUGAACUCUUAAAAACGGAUCAUAAGAAUAUUUUAUAUUACUUGAAUAUUUAUAUUACCCAAGUUUAAUAGAGCUUUAAGUUCUUACAUCCAUCUAAUUAACAACAUUGUGAAUUAUCACAUUAUGCUAACAAUGCAAUGAAAAUUGUUAAGAGUAAUAGUUUUUAUGAGAAAAAAAGGUAAGGCAAUAUUUCACAUUUUGUUUUAAAUAAGGAGAAAGAAAGAUAUAUGUUUGAAAUAUUAUCAGGAUUUCUUGAAUCAUGUCGAAGUAAUACAGUUUAUCAUUAUAUUUUAGAAUCAUAUUUACAGGAAGUUAAGGAUAAAGAUAAACGUAUGCAAGAUCCCAAUCUAUAAUGUUAAGAUUUAUUACAAUAUAAACUAUCUUACGCUAACCUUUUAGAUAAAUUAUAUCAAUGUCAUCAAAAGCAUCUGUUUAGUAAUUUAUUCAAAUCAACCUAAUAACAAAUUCAUACUUAUAAGUUACUCUCUAAAUAACAUUAAAAAACUUAAAGAAGAGAGGAUUCUUAAUUUGUUUCUUUUUUAGCAUAAGACUUAAAAGAUUACAUAUACGUAAUAGAUAAUUUAGUUAACAGUAAUUCAAUCCUAUUUAUUAUAGACGAACCCUAAUUGUUAUAAAUAUAUCUCAGAAGAUUGCAAUCUCCAGUUUACAUCCAUAAUAGACUCACUCAGUACUUUGUGAAUUAUAAAUUAAAAAGCAUUCUUUUUAUCAAUGUCCUAUCAUUUAUUGAUAUCCGAGAUAUUGGAAUUGUAAGACGUUAUUAAAAGCUAAUAGAUUCAAAUAGGAUUCAUACUAAGUUUGCUUGGUGAAUUAUGAAAAAUAUCUUAAUCCAGUAUAAAAAACCAAAUAAAUUUGGGCUGAAAUAGAAGUUAUCCAUGAAACACCUGAACCCCCUGUAUUUUUUCGAUCCUUGUGUUUCGAUAAAUUAAAGAAUAUCAUCUAUUGCAUUUAUGGCAAAGAGGCUAAGAACAACACCUUAUGUGAUUCAAUUGACAUCUUCACUUUUGAAAAAGUUUAAAAAAUGUAAAUAACAUUAGAACUCAUUCAGAACCAUUUACAGAGACAAAACUACCAAGAAAGCGAGUGAUACUUAUUUUGCAAGAGCAUAUGCUUCUUCUGUCGUAUUCUCAUUUAAUUAACAAUAUAAACCCUAUUCUGAAGUCUGGACUUUUGGAGGUUCAUUUCUGUAAGUAUAUGAAAUAAAUUUAGAGGACAUUAUAAUCAAGAAUACUAGAAUAUGGGAUUUUGCAAUUUAGUUGAAAGAUUGUUUAUAAGCGAAGACUCCUAUAGAUCUGAAAAAAUCAAUAAGGAAUUAAUUGUUCCAUUGUCAAUGAGACCUAUGUAUGGAUCUUUGAUGUUGAGUGUUCAGUAAACUAUUUUAUAUAGCAAUAGAGACAACGAUGAAUCUGCUAUCUUGAUAAUUGGGGGAUCUUAAAAUGAACUCCUUGUAAACAUAGAUUAAUAAGAGUACAUUGGAUAUAAGUUCCAACAAAUUGAUAAUCAGUAUUAUGUAAGUGCCAUCACUAAUGUUGGACCUAAAAUCAAUCCCAUAAGUUUCUAUUCGCAAAAUUAAAACAUCUAUUCUGAACAAGACAAGAUCUUCAUUUUGAAUGAUGCCACUCAAAUAUUAGGAAAAUCAUAUAGGUGCAACAGUGAAACCAAUGAAUUGGAAGAAACUGACCCUUUUUCCCCAUAUGGUAUUUUAAGUUUAACUGACCUCAAAAUUUCAAACAAUUUAUCGUCAUAAGAGUUAUUUCAGAAACAAAAAAUAUCUACAAUAAGCAUUGAUGCUAAGAAUGUGAUUUUGAAUGGCACUUAGGUUAUAUAACCUUUUGCUCAAAUGCAUAAAGCAAUGAAAUUCUUAUAUAAGGAGUAGGACUAUGUGAAUUAUUCGGCAAGGAUUAUAUUUUAAGAUAAUGAUGAAAUAGUAGGUUUAAUUAAAAACUAUGAAAGUACAAGAUACAUUCAUUUAUAUGUAAACAUAAAACAAGAUGACAAUAUUCAUUAAUGCUAUCUAAAACCAUGUUCUAUGUGUGUUAGCUAUUCAAAUAAAUGUUUAUACUUGCUUACCACUAAUAUUGAAAAUGGAUCUGUCUAUUUUACAAUCUACAGUUAUCAAAUAAAUUAAUUGAAUCAAGAUAUUAAUUUAGCCUUAAAUAAUAAUAGCACAAAAUUGGUUUUGAAUGUUUAUACAAUCUUUGCCAAAGUUGUCAUGCAUCUAUCGAGUAAUGUAGAAAGGAUAUUUAAGUAAUUAACAUGUGAUGAUGAAAAUCUGUAUUUGAUUGGCGGAUACAUGGGACUUAUAUAUUAAUAGAGUGAUUUAGAUUUAUUACUACUUCAAGGAUAGCAUACUUAUAAGUACCAUAAGAACACAGAGAAUACCAACAAUGAUAAUUUCAAAAUUCCAUUUGAUAAUCCUGAAUAAUAUUAGAAAUUUGGACAAAGCAAUAAGUAUAUGUAUGAAUCUCCCUACAUUAUUUGGAUCAAUGCAGAUUAGACCUUAAUUAUUGAGAAAAACUUUAAAUAAAAGUAUUUCAGUGAAGUGAUUGAUAAAGUGCAUCACGAUUUCAAAAUUUGGAUCACUAAAUUCGAAAUAUAAAACAAUGAAACUUGGGAAUAAGGAAUUUUGGUUAUUCCAUCUUUUUUACUUUCCAAAGCAUCUGUUGAAAUGACAUCUUAAGAAAUUACUGAUAAACUUAAGGAACAAAUCUAACACAGAAAAUUGGAUUUAUUUCUAUAAAACACAAAUACUGAAGUAUCAUAUUCAUUUUAUAAUUAAAAUAGUUUGAAACUAUUGUUAAAAUUGUCGAUUAUGCAUCCAUUGAUCAAAGAAUCACAUUAACUUGUGCAGUACAAAUGCUAAAUUUCAUCUAAGUGCUGAGCUUUGAAUUUUCACUAGAAAAUUAAGAGGAGUAUUUAUUAUAAUACAAAUACAAUGGAAUUCAUUAAUAGCAUCAACAUGCUCGAAGAUAUUCAGUUCCAAUUUUCAUACCUAAAGUCACUCUUCUGGUAACAACUCAAAAAUAAGCUACGAUUGUUGGGUAUCAAAUUUACGAUCCAGUGAAUGAACAUCAAACACUCAGACAAUCAAAUUAAAGCUAAAUCAUAGUUAAAAUGAAGGAAUAAAUCAAAGUUUAUAAUCUGAUUCCCUAAACCUGA